GCCUGGCAGGUCGUAACCUUGCGAACGAGGAAAACGAGCUCGGGUUUUCCGUAAAAUAAGAAGCAGAACUGCUAUAAUAGCAUUCCCACACUUACACACACACACUGAUUAUCGAUUGGUUCGGGUGGCGCGGUUUUGUCCUCGGUAGCGACGGUCGCGAAGUUAGCUAAGCCGUUAAUGCCCGCGGGCCAGUUAGAACAGCUUCAGUGACCAGAAAGGAACGUUGCAGUAUCCUUCGUCCGUAACGGAAAGUGCUAUCGUGUAAGGUGUCGCAGAACCAACAUGCCAAUAUCAGCGCCCAAAAUUCCCGAAGGUCUACCCGAGCUGAUGCGCGGGCUGGCCAAGAGUGUGAUAAAAGAAAAUCCGGAAAAUCUGUACGUGCAUGCGGCCGAGUACUUUGAAAACUUGAUCCGUGAGCGCGAUGGCCAUCUCGAGCAGGGCUACCAAACGUUCAAUGCGUAUCAGGUGUACGCGGACUAUAAGGAAAAGACCCGCGACAAGCUAGGCUUGACAAAGGACCCUUCGCUUAGUGACGGUAUCGGUGGUGACGGGGACGAAAGUGGCAGCGGAGGAAGUGAAUCCAACAUACGGGGUCGUAAGCGACGUCGCGCGCGUAAGCCCUCGUCGAGGGAGAAGGAAAAUCCUGCCACGAUGGUGGGCAAUCCGUCGAUUAGCGAUGAAGGAGAACCACAGAAACUUAAAUCCGUUUCGGGGGACAGUGGGCCACCGCUAGUGCCGGUGGUGGAGCAGGAGAUUGUGAAGGUGCAUUACAAUCCACCAGAGGCGGUUCCGUCCCCGGUGCGCGUCGUAAGUGCACAAUCGGUGGAAGCAGAACAGGCCGUUUCUAGCAUUUUGGGCGAUGACCAGAUGCUGGACUCGGAUGGAACGGGCGACGAGCUGGUUGAUAAUAGGGACGAUAUAGGGACGGCCCCGAGCACUGCGGAAAUUACGGAGCAAUCGCGUGUGGCGGACGUUGCUGCAGAGCCGGGUACGGAGAUGACCUUGCAAGAUAUGGAAACGUGUUUUAUGCAUGCAAAUGUUGAUGAUUUAUUAGAAAAGCAUACGGCAGAUGCGGACGCAGUGGGUGACGCGGGAGAAGACAUACCAGAGGGACCACAGCUUCAGGUGGAACUACUCAAAGACGAAGGCGAAACUGACCAGCAGCCAGAAGUAGAGCAAGCAGUGAAGGAUAGUGAAGAUAUACCAGAGGGACCACAGCCUCGAGAGGAACCUCCGAAAGACGAAGCCGAACCAGAUCAGCAGCCAGAAGCAGAGCAAGUGGUGAAGGAUAGUGAAGAAACUCAAUUGCCGGAAGAAUCUGUGGAGACGUUGGAGACUGAAGGUGAAACUAUUCCUCCACCGACUAAUCCUGUCGAAAGUGUCGUAGAGACGGGGGUGGAUGUGAUUGAGAAGCCAGAACCUGUGGAGCAGGUUCAAGCUGAACCAACUAAAGAAACAGAAGAAAUUGUUGGCUCUAUUACUGAACAAGCAGAAGAGCAAACUUUGAAGGAUAGUGUUGAUCAAGCAAAUGCUGAAAAAGAAAAUACUACUGAAGAAACCUUUCCAGAUAGUACAGGAAAAGAUACUGCUGAUGCAAUUUCCGACACAAAAGUGGAUGAAGAAGCAAAGGAAGAGGAUCCGAUCGCUUCCUCAGCAGCUACUGAUCUUGUCGAAGAUCAAAAACCAACUGAAUCCGCCAGCAAUGAGGUGGAAACUAAAGCGGAAAAAGAAAAUUUGUCUACGGAAAAGCCAGAAGAACCACCAACGAUUUCGUCCCGAAUGGGAUUUGAAGAAGAUGAAUCUGGAGCUGCUGGAAAUGAUGAAAAUGAGAACAUUGUCACUGAAAGCGAGCCGACUAAUGACGAUGCUCAAGUGCAAGAACCAGUCAAGUCUGAUGAAUUAAAUGUGCCCGAUCAAUCGACUGAGGUUCCAACGAGUGACGAAGGCAUAAAAGAUGAUGGCGAUGUUGUCGUAGGCGAGCAGAUUGAGCCCGAAGAAGCAAAUGAUACGCCUGUUGAGAAUGAUAAGCCAGCGGAAGCGGCUCUAUCCGAGUGCACCAGUGUAGUAGCAGAUGAAACGAAAAUAGAUGAACUGGAGAAAAUAACAAAAGAAACGCAAGACGACAGUUCAAACCGAGAGUGUGAUGCUGCAGAAGUAAAAGUUGAUGAAGAUCCAAAAGAAUAUUCAGUAGAUUGUACUAUAGACGCAUCGCAACAGGAAACAGAACCAAAUGAUAUUAAUAUCACGCCUGACCCAACAGGUGAUGAUGCAAACAAGGAAAGAGUAGAGGAUUUGGUUGAAUCUAAUGAAGGUGUUCCAGUAGCAUCAGCAGCUGUAUCGGAAGACCCCACACCCGUUUCACCUGCAACAAAACCUAACGAAAUAGCGUCCGAUCCACCAGUUGAUCCUGAUGGUCCUGGCCAAGAAGCAGAGAGCGAAAAGGAAACUACAGCACCGCACAAAGGUGAAACGGAUGAUUCAAAAGACGGGGAAAAGAAUGAACAAGAGGUAAAUGAGAAUAAUGCUAAACCAGAUGAGAAUGCUUUGCUAAUGAAGGAUCCAUCUCUUGAAGAUGUAGUUCACGAUGGGGCGGAACCAAGCGGUUCAGUAGUUGAUGCUGUAGCUACGAGCGGUGAUUUAAUUACUGAAGAAAAUGCUCCAACCAUUCCAGCAGAGCCAAGCGCAGAUGAACUUGCUACGAGUCCUGAACCAGCACAGGAAGAUGCUGUUAAAGAGACUGUUAAAGAUCAGAAACAAGAGUCAGACGAAGCAAAGGUUGAAGUGGAAGAACCUAAGGCGGAGGAGAAGAGGCCGGAAGCAACCGAUGCAGGUCCCACAUUCGAAGAUGUUGUUAUUGAUGAAAUACAAAAGGUGCUUCAGGGCAGUGAUAACAGCAAAGAAGCUGUUAAAACUGAUGACGGAUCCUCUGAUACCACGCCAGACGGUAAAGAUGUAGAAAAGAACGUGAUGGAUACGGCGUCCUCGCAGGUAGAUGAAAAAGAUAACGACGGUUCAACAAUGACAAGUGCACCAGUAGAAGAGCUGAAAGAAGAACCGGAACAGAUUCCACCUUCCGCAGCGAGCGUUGAUGGAAGUUCCGAAAAGCCCGAAAAUGAAGACCCAGUGGUAACAAACCAACCGGCUAGUGUUGAGGCAAUUGAACCGAAAGACGACACCACGAUUUCUUCCCCAUUCGCCAACGAACCGCCGAAGAGAGACGAAAGCCGCGAGGAAGUAAUCGAAGAACCGUGCGUGAAGCGUGAAAUAUCACCCUCAAAGUCGGUUCGACUCGAAAGAGGUGAUAGCGCCGAGAAGCAGGUGGAAGAGCUGGAAAAGAUUAAAAAAGUGGACCUUAGUCAGCUGAGCAAGGAUUCGGCGGAAGCACUGUUUUACACGCUGAAGAAAAGUGAGCUUGAAAACCAGGAGCCGAACGAUGGUGUUGUUGCUGAGGAGCCAAGAACGACCGGUUCGGAACCUCCGAAACAAACUACCGAAGACGAUGAUCAGGACGUGGUGGUGAAGGAAGAGCCACCGUCGAGUCCGGCCGGAGAACGUACCAAACGAUCGUUUACUAAUGAUUUUUUAGAUGAAAACCCCAUCACUGAUGCUCCAACCGUGGCCUUGAUGCCAAGUGAUGGGGUUGAUCAGCCGGCCGGCCAGGAUCGAUCGUCGCUGGAAGCGGACGAGCAGCAGGAUGAGUUCAAUCCCAUGGUAAUGGUAUCUAUGCGUUCGAAACAGUUCCAGGAGCAACUGCACAGCCGAGGUGCCGGGGAGCCGUUUGACGAUGAAAUGGGGAACAUUGGUACACCCAAACGCCCCGUCAUGCGGAGAUGUAUGACCGAAAUGUCCGGACUGCAGCGGUACGACGAUGUGGCGAUGGAAGAUGAUCCUGUCGACAGCCGCCAAGACGAUCCAAGCUAUGUCGAGGAAGAGGAUCAAUUCGAUGGAUACUACAUAGGGCAUAUAAAAAACAAAAUUCUAGCCUCAUCCGUGUCGGUGGCCGAUUCCGACUGUCCCGAUGGAACGCGAUCCUCGGUAGAGUCUGUCGACGAGAACAAUGUGCGCACUGCGCUGGAAACGAUCGCUUCGACGGACACGGAGUCAACGAUUGCCUCACAGGCCACCAUUCAGCAGGCCGGGCGGCGCAGCUACCUGCGAAAGCACUCGCAGAACACAUCCUCCAACAUACCGUACGCGUCGUUCGGGAAUGCAGCUAUCGAUCAGUCGCUGGAUGAGUUUAUCGAGCGGGAGGAGCAACACAAACAGGACGAAGCGAUGGCCGAAGCGGCCACCAAGAUACAGCGAUCGUACCGAACGCACAAGAAGAGACUGCUGCGCGAUUACCACAGCACGAUGCGGACCUUCACCGAGGAUCAGUCGGCGGAAAGUGGCGAGGAGUACGCGGCUAACGUGAUCCAGAUCAAGCUGGACCAGCGACGGGCCGAGGCAGACCCAUCGGCGGUGGGUGACGCAGGCGAGGAAAGCGAUACGGCGACACCGACGGCCGGGAAACUUGGCUUAGGAGCAACCGGUAAACGGCCGAUGUACAGCUUAAACAUUGACGAGUACGACACGGUGGCACGGCGAAUGACCCUCACCCGCGGUGUGGCAAUGCAGCGAAACUCCACGCCGGACGACGACUCGGGCAAGUCGGCCAAUGCGUCCACCGAUCGCAAACCGUCGUUAAGCAGCCCGGCCGUGAAGGAUACAACACCGACGGUCAGUGGAUCGGGCGAAAGUCCUUCGUCGGAUGAAAAACCAGCCGGGCCCGAUACCGCCAGCAGCUCGAGUGACGAACGGGAACAGAAGGAUGCGGCACUUAGCUCAUCACGAUCAAAACCGAAAAGUGGUCCCGCAUCGAUGGCGCCCGGUCGGGAGCAGCACUCCGAACCGGUGCUGCCCAGAACGGCUACCAGCCGGACUUCGUUCGCACCGCUGGACGUGCAGAGUCUGCUGCUGAUUGCCCGGCAGCGCACGAUGCCGGUACAGAUCGAUUCAUCCGUCAUCCGAGUGCUUCCGAAGCAUAUGCGCAAACGGAUCAGCAGUGCGGGCAUGCUGAACAGCAACGGGAAGCGAAAGUAAGGUGGACCAAUGGUGGAGGCACCCUAAAAACUGUGUCGCGUCAUUGCAGUAGGUUGACCGUUUCCCAGGGAUCAGCGAUGAAGCAUGUAGUGGAUGGGGACACGUAUUGGAAGUCACAAUCCAAACAAAAUAUGUAAUCAGCUAGCGACUAAUGAUAAGUUCCGCACAGUACAAUUAUUGAGUUUUUUUUUGCUCUUCUAAAACCUUCUAUUUCCGGUAUUUUCCGCUGUAGGCGAGCACAGUUUAUUGAUUCCCGCAACAGCGUAGUAACGCUUCCCACAUUUCCACAAAGAUCGUGCCUGCAUGACACACAGAAACCAUAGAACCAUGUCGGCUCUUCUAGAGAGACCGACACACACAGGGGCCUAGCCUAGCUACUACUAUUGUUAAUGCAUCGUUGUUUAAGCUUAUCGAGCGUGUAACAUCAGGCCAGCUAGUCGGCCGCAAUUUGCAUGACAUACCACGUACAGACGGUUGCAUGGCACAAACCUUUACCGUAAUUCUGUAGAUACUAAUGCUAGAAUGUCGAACAGCUGUAACGGAAUGAACUGCUAAAUAAAUAAAGUUGACCAUCUCUUCAUACCUGCUGCCUGCCUGAGCA